CAGAAGUUUACAAGAGAGAACAGACGGACUAUCUGCUCCUGUUUAUGACAUGUUACCACCUAACUUGUCACAUAAAUUCAGAAGGGUCGUUGAUGUACAUUAUGGGCUGUGAGGCGCAGUGGGAGUCUUCACUAACGAGCAUGCCAUGGAUUUAUCCUGGGGCUCCGGACCCGUCCACGCACCGCUGGAGGAACGCAAUAGAGAUUUACCACAUCAAAGACCUCCAUACCUCAGUGAGUCUGGGUGAGAUGCAGAGGUGAUGUCCUCACUUAAAGUCCCACCUCCUGAUGGAGGAGGUGCGUUUGACCCGAUGCAGAGACCUCAAGCUCCUGUCAGAACAUAAGAAACGACAGAAACACACGCAGCCCGUCUGGACACAUGACACGCAGCUCCUCUGGAACAUCCUGUGAGAAUAUGCAGUGAAAUAUUUUACUCCUCUGAGGCUGAGGAGAAAAGAUUCUUCCUUGUGGACCAUCAGAAGAGAUACUUUGAAAAGCUUUCCAUUUACUGCAACCACUACGCCAGUCUCAUCCCAAUGUCUUUCGUAUUAGGGUUUUACGUGACAUUAAUAGUGAAUCGCUGGUGGAAUCAGUACACCUCCAUCCCGCUGCCGGACAGGAUCAUGUGCACGCUCUCCGGUGGCGUGCAGGGCGGAGACGAGCAUGGCAGGUUGCUGCGACGCACGCUGAUGCGCUACGCGAGUCUGUCCGCGCUCCUGAUCCUGCGUUCCGUCAGCACAGCCGUGUUUAAGAGAUUCCCUACCAUGGAUCACGUAGUUGAAGCAGGUUUUAUGACAAGAGAAGAGCGUAAGAAGUUUGAGAGUUUACACUCACCCUAUAAUAAGUACUGGAUCCCAUGUGUUUGGUUCACUAACCUGGCCGCAGUCGCCCGCUGUGAGGGCAGAAUCAAAGAUGAUAAUACUUAUAAACUUCUACUGGAGGAGCUGAACAAUUUCAGAGGGAAGUGCAGCAUGCUUUUUCACUAUGACAUGAUCAGCAUACCAUUGGUCUACACACAGGUUGUGACUCUGGCAGUGUACAGUUUCUUCCUGGUGUGUCUGAUUGGUCGUCAGUUUCUGGACCCGGGUCAGGGUUAUCCGGGUCAUGACCUUGACCUUUACGUCCCCAUCUUUACCCUUCUGCAGUUCUUUUUCUAUGCUGGCUGGUUGAAGGUGGCAGAGCAGCUCAUAAAUCCGUUUGGUGAGGAUGAUGAUGACUUUGAGACCAAUUGGUUGAUAGAUAGAAACUUCCAGGUGUCUAUGAUGGCGGUGGAUGAGAUGUAUGGAGAUUUGCCCAUGAUGGAGAAAGAUCGUUACUGGAAUGAUUCGAAUCCUCGUCCACCAUACACAGCCGCUACGCUCUUCGUGCUGCGCAAACCCUCUUUCCAAGGCUCCACAUUUGACAUGGCAAUUCCUAAAGAGGAGAUGCAUUUCCAGCCUCUGCAGGAGAUUGCCGAGAACCUGGAGGAAUCUGUGAAGCGGAAUCACAACCUCGCCCUCUUCAAUCGGCUCCUCAGCUCCGCCCCCUCUCCCACAGGCUUCAUGGGUGGAGCCUUACGCCGCACCUCCGCCCAGCUGCGGCGUUUGACACACUCCAUCAGUCCGGACCCCUCCUUCUCUGACGCAGAGGAUGAGGAAGAGGAGAGCGCGGGGAGGAGCGCGGGCACGGCCGGCUCCAUGCCGUCUGGACUUGGGUUGGACACCACACAGAGCACCAUCUGCAGCUGUGGAGGACUCAUCAGCACCUGUCCUCCGCUGUCAGAUGUGGAAUUCCACCAGCAAGGUGAGAGAGAUGGAAGAGGUGAAGAGAAAAACGAGAAGAUGGUGGAGAAAGACUCACUAGUGCCAAAAAUCCCACUGCCCACAGCUCAGGCAUCAGCAGGGAGGAAGAGUCCUCUUGCUCUGGGACAAGUCAAGUCUCAUUUCUGUUCCUCAAACACCACCAACUGCUCUGUACCCGAUUUCUACUCUUUCCAGCCUAUCCAUGACCCGGCAAAGGUCAUGACACCAAAACCAAAUCUACCCAAUAGCAAAGAAGAAGCAGUGUCUUUACUGACUGUCCCAUUGCCUGAAGACUCAGCGUUUCCGGAGAAUUCAGAAAGAGAGCGGAUGCUGGCAGAUUCACAAUGGCUGCCUUCAAAUGGUCACAGUCAGUGUGUAAGUGUAGGGUCAGAGGUCACAGAGUCGAUUAGUAAGAUCAUGGAGUGCCCAAAUAGAGCAAAUAUUUGAACUACAUGAUCACUUUCAUAUUUUUUCAUAUUGAUACAUGCAACUAGAAAGUUUAGAUGCAAAUUUGUUACAUUAUAAUACUUGGCAGAUUUUUAAACUUUAUUUUUAGAUUCUUCUGAAAGUGAAUGCUAUAUUUAAUCAUGUGACAGAAUAAUGAUAAUCAGUGCUAAAACUGAUCUAGUUUUUC